AUGGAUCCCGUCGCCGACACCGCCGGUGAGUCCGUAGUCACAGCCACAGGGGACGACCGCAGCCCUCUUGCGGUUCUUGCGGGCGAGGCGCUCGACAAAAAGAAGCAGAGGACGACAAGCAUCGACGACGCGGCGGCGGCGUCGCUGUGGGCGUUCAUUCUGGCGGACAUACUAGGCGUCGUUCUCCGCUUCCUGCCCUCCCUCGCCGACCGCGCCGCCGUGCGGUCCGUGUGUCGGCACUGGCGUGCCGCAACGCACGGGCACAGCCUGCCGCCGCCGCUACCACUGCUCGUGCUCCCCAGGUUCAGGUUCUUCAGCUUUUCCACCCAGGGGGCAAUUGUCACCAUGCGCCGUGCGUGGAUGCCUGAGGAGGUGGCCACUGGCCAUGUCGGCUGUGUGGGAUCUUCCGAAGGGUGGCUUCUCGUGGCGAGACCCUGCGAAGAUGCCGCCGGCCGCGAGCGCUUCCUGGUGAAUGCGUUCUCCCACGAGAUCGUCUGUGUACCCCUCCUGCGUGCUCCCUACUGCACCACCUCCGGUGAACUCCCCUGGACUGCCAACGAUGACCCCGACCCCAAGUAUUCAAGGUCACUCGACCACGUCGUGCUAUCUGCUCCGCCUGGCUCGGCGACCAAGUGCAUAGUGGCAGGCUUCUCGUACCGCAGGGGUGUGCCCGGGCUCUCACACUGGCGUGGCUUGCCUGGGAUUACGCUGUGGCAGCCUGGGAUGAAGACAUGGUACGUCUACCAAUCUCGCUGGGUUGACUGGUUAAGUGACCUUGUGUUCCACCAGGGGAAACUCUACAUGCUCCACAGGUCCUGGUAUGCUGACCAAUCGCCAUGGCUCUUCGCUUUUACGCUCGGGGAAGAUGAACAUGGUGUCAAUGUCUCUCACCUUGAGGGUCCAAUGACUAUGCCGCCGUUCCCCCGGCCCGCCCCUCUGCACUGGGUAGCAAGGUGCAACUUGGUGCAAUGGCGUGGCAGCCUGGUGGUGAUCAUAAGAUACGUCGAACCUUACGUAUCGUUGUUCCAAACUGAGAAGGUUGAUGUGUUUGCAUUGGACCUAAGCAUAGACCCUUGUGGAGUCACUGAGAUCCGCAGCUUCGAUGGCGAUUGUAUCUUUGUCGAUCGAUGCCGCUGCACUUCCUUUCCUGCCGGCUCAUAUGAGGGUGUCCAAGGUGACUGUAUCUACUUUAUCGAAAAGUAUGAGAAGGGCGACGAGCCUAGUUAUGUGACAACUGUGUACAACAUGAGAGAUGGUACAGUGAAGCCCUUCCCUGCUGAGUUAUUGUCGGGUAACUCAGCAGAGGACAAUCUCGCGGACCCAGUGUGGAUGUUUCCUCCCGAAUGA